UCCCGCAGAGACGCGCCAGCGCACGGACGGAGAGCAGUGGCUGCAGCGCUGUAGCAUUAGCAUUAGCUUCUUCUUCUUCACCUCCUUCCUCCUCCUCUUCGUGCCUCUCUUUCCUCGGCCGCUCGGGGGGGACACUCGGGGCUCGGUCGCUCGACCCGCAGCACUGAACUUGCGCAGCAGACACGGAGGCUCGCGCAUUGUUUUUUCUGAGCCGCUCCUGCAACAACCAGACGAUGUCCGACGCCGCUAGCGCUCCUCCCGCAGACAGCAGCGGAGACUCCGGGCUGAACGGGUCCUGGGUGGAGCUGGAGAUGAACAGAGUUGCGGCUAGCUUGGCCCAGUCGUCCUCCACAGGCGGCCUGGCCCCGGCCCUGCUGCCCCUUCCAGAGGUGGAGGAAGAGGAGGCCAUGGUGGGGGGGCUGGAGCACGUCCCGUCCUCGUCCUCGAUCCACAACGGAGACAUGGAGAAAAUCCUGUUGGACGCCCAGCACGAGUCGAGCCGCAGCAACUCCUCGUGUGACAGCCCGCCGCGACCUCACAGUCCCCAGGACGAUGGACAGAUCAUCUUCGACGUGGACGUGACCAGCAGGAGAGACAGCCAAUCAGAAGAGGACGUCUCGGACAAGGAGAGGGACAUGGACAUCCUGAUGAAGGAUGCAGAUUGGGUCCCGGAUUGGUCCAGUCGACCGGAGAACAACCCCCCCAAGGAGUUUCACUUCCGUCAUCCUCGCCGCUCAGUCACGCUCAGCAUGAGGAAGACCGGGGCCAUGAAGAAAGGAGGCGUCUUCUCUGCCGAGUUCCUCAAAGUCUUCAUCCCCUCGCUGCUGCUAUCACACAUCCUCGCUCUGGGGCUGGGAGUCUACAUUGGAAAGAGGUUGACCACGCCCCCGGCCGGCUCCUUCUGAGGCUCCGACUGAAGAGAAGUGCCUGACAAGUGGCCAUGAGAUUGUUUUUUUUCGGGGGGGGAGAAAGUUUUGCUGUCGUGAAAAGAACGAACGCCCGUCUCUCCUCCCUCUGUCCCGCCUGCUCCCCCUCCUCCUCCCCGAGAUAUGACAUGAUCCCUCCCUCCCCGCCCUUCUUCGGCUGUUCUCUGACUCUGAAUACCCCCUCCCUCCUCUGCCCCCCUCCCCCUCCUCCUUUAUAUCCUUCAACCAUUUGUAUAAGCUUUUCAAUGAAUGAAUAAGGUCGUAUUUCCCGUGUUCAGAUGUUUUUAACAGGGUGGGUUUCCAGGGAGGGUUCGCAGCAUUUUAUCAAACUCUUCCACGACACACGCUGACCCAUCGAUCAUCUGACAGCGAGGGAGGAUCUUCCAGAUUCAGGACUGACCACAGAUUGUGCCACAAGUCGCCGGACGCUCGAACCCCGAGAAAAAGGGGUUUGAGCAAAUUCAGAGUUCGGCAAACCGAAAAUGUGAUCACGCCUUUUUGAAAGUAGCCAUUUUGUUCAUCUUUUUAAGGUAUUAAUGCCUUAUCUUUUUGUAUUUAUUACACAAUAGUGGUGGUUUAUUGAGAAGUUGGAAUGAAGUGGAGUUACCACAGUGGCCGUCACGAACCACGAGCGCUCAUCAAUUUGCACUGGAGCGGGGGGGUAGUCGGCGGCUCUAGAAGAGAGUGAUUUAAAUGACACUUCUUUUUUUUUUGUGACAGAAAUUCAAAUAGAUUUGAUUCUGCAGCCAAAGUGACAAAAACUGGAAUCCAGUGUGUGUCCCUCUCAGUGUGUGUACUAACAGUAUUGUGUGGUUGGGUUUUUGGGUAACGGAGAUGUUUGGUCCAGAAGAGGUUCAGUCGCUUGUUCAAGUGAGACGUUUGGUCCGAGCCGCUCGCCUCCGUCGUUCUUUUACUCCACGUCAGGCUGGAUAUUACAGAGCUGUGUUCUUUUCAUUAAGAUUUUAAAUCAGUAGAAAGGAUUUGAUCCCUCAAAGUUUGAAAACAUGAGAUAAACACGACAGACUCGAUUGACCAGACCGGGUUCAAACAAUAUUUGAUUUGGAUUUGUCCUGAAAUCCACCAGCACCCUGUGAGAGACCUAACCCAGGGUGUAAUUAAUAUAAUAGAGCAUUAUUUAUUUUGACUUAAAUUUUAGUUCCAGUUGUGAAGCUCAACAUGACGAAAUUCUGUUUGUAAAUGGACAUUUUUCCUUGUCCCCUUAUUUAAAUAAACAAGCAUUUUAUUGUCAAAGUUUCAAGAGAAGACAAAAAUGCUGACAAAACCUCAGACUGCUGAAGGAACAUGUUUAGUUCAUUGUCAGAACUCGAUCUGGAAGCUUGAGAUGUAAGAACUGACUCGUCAACAGCCGCCUGAUGCGUUAUAGUGACACGUGGUGACCCUGCAGGCCGACUCGAGGCGGGCGGCCAUCUCUAAUAAAAGGCCCUUUAUCCACCAGCAGUGACUGUGUUGGGGGCGGUGACCUUUCUCUCGUCUUCUCCAUUUCAGCCGCAGAGAUACUGCACUUUUUGGGGGUUUUGUUUCUUUUCAUGUGCAGCAUCUGGAGUUGUGAGUUUUAGUUUCUCCUGAGCUCGUGAAUGCACAGAGCGGGAGCCGAGACACGUUUUGAGAAAAAAAUAAGGUGUGAAAAUCACAAACCCCUGAUUGAUGGCAGGGCCUGAUGUGAAUAGGAAGUGAAGGUGAAGAGAGACUAGUGUUUGUAAUGAUGCAUUUGCUUUGAUUUUCUUUUUCCCAUAACAAUGAAAAAAAGAUAAAACAUUUUGUCAUUAAACGUAACCUGAAGCUA